UAUUUGUGCAAUGUAUCACAUGACAGAUUCUAAAAAAAAUAAAGGUUUUUAGCCUGCGGACGAAAUAUAAAGUAUCUUUCUGAUGGAAGAUUGUUCUGAAGUUGGGAAGUAAUGUACAAUUAAAGCGAUGACAACUUGACAUGCAGCGAACAGAAUGGCUCUGCAAAGCUUGAACAAUUCAGUCUAUACAUAUCAGUCAUCAAUUCACAGUUCCAAUGUUCUAAAGCAUCUCAAUAAUCAAAGACAACAAGGCAUUCUUUGUGAUAUGACUGUAAUGGUUGAAGAUCAGUUCUUUCAUGCUCAUUGUUCAGUGCUUGCUGCAUGCAGUGAUUAUUUUCAUGCAAGACUUAUAGGACGAGAUGGACCCGUAUUUACUAUGGCUCUUCCAAAAGAGGUUACUGCUAAAGGAUUUAGUUCAUUGCUUGAUUUUGCAUAUACUGCCAAAUUAAUUUUAACCAAAGACAGUAUAUUGGAAAUCCAAACAUGUGCUGAUUUUCUUGGGUUCCAUAACUUAGAGAAAACAUGCUUCAGUUUUCUUAUUUCAAAAUUUUUUCAGACUGAAACAGACUUUGAGGAUAAUAGUGAAAAAAAAUGCCCUAGGUCAAAGUACUGGAAGUCCAAAACUCAGACUGUUUUUGAAGAGUCUAUGCUUUUGAAUGUUAAUUUUGGCCUUUUAGAUGAUGAUUGUUCUAGUCCUCUUGGUUCUAAUCUCACAGUGCCUGAUAAAGAGGCAAGUUUGAUUACAGGAGAGAUUAAUACUCACACUCUGUCCACUUCACUGAGUUCCAUUUACAAGAAGAUUCAGAAUCAUUCAAAGGAAAAUCAGGAAACACAGAUUGAAGAAUGUGCUGACAAAGGUCAAAGUUUUGACGGCAUAGAUAAAGAAAGUGGGCACAAUAACUUUGAAAUUAAUAAGAUCAAUUAUGAAGAAACAAAAACAUGUACCUCUCAAGAUGCAGGCAAUAAUAAUAAUGUCUGUCAUCCUUGUACUAACACACUUUCUGGAAAACCUGUCCUGUUUAAUCCCUUGCAAAGUAAAACCAAUUCUCUUCAGUGUCCAGAGAAGAAGAAAGUUUUAGAAGGCUAUAGCACAGAGAAUAACAACACCUCUCUUUUUGGAACAAAAAAAAUAGAAACCAUUCUAGACAGUCCUCCUACUUCUCAAAGCAUUCAGGAGGGAAACCUAAAUAUCAGUACUGGAAGUAGCAGGGAAAAGGAAGUAUCACAACAUCUGGCUAUGGAAGUUUGGAAUGAAUUGAGUAUAGCCCAUGAAGAAGAAGGUCAGACUUUGCCUGUACAGGUCUCUUCAGAGAAACUCACUGAAUGCCCCUGGUUAUCCAUAAACAUAAAUGAAACUUGCAAAUCAUACUCCAAUAUCCAUGUAAAGGAAACAGAGUGCCCCUUCUUAAAUGAUUUGAAUAAUCAAUCAUACCUAACAAACUCAAAGGAACAAUAUAAAGAAUGUGAACUAGAAGGAUCACAACUGAUGAAAAGUCCAAAUAUCUCUUCGUUAAAUUCUGAAGAUGAAUUUGAUUUUGACAGUGACGGAGACAAUGAAUCUUGCACAAGAGAGCAAACAUAUGAGAUAGAGCUACCUUUUCCUGUGGAAAAUAUUGCCUCUGUUGCUAGAAAUGAAUUUCAGCAAAUGAUAAAAAAAUACUGCCUAUCUCAGGAACAAUUGGAUUUUAUACAUGAUAUCCGUCGACGAAGCAAAAAUCGAAUUGCUGCACAACGCUGUCGUAAAAGAAAGUUAGACUGCAUUCAGUAUUUAAAAUGUGAAAUUGAUAGACUGAAAAAUGAAAAGAAGAAGUUGCUGUUUGAAAGUAACCAGUUAAAAAUAAACAUUGAAGAAAUAAAGCACAAUCUUUCUGGUCUUUGCCAUAAGAUAUGCAGUGAAGCUGCUCUUAAACCUGACCAAAUCAGUGUUCUUGCCAAAUAUUCUUCUCCAGAAUGUCCACUUUCUUCCCUGAUGACAGAAGGAAAGGAUAUCAGUGAAUGUGAUCUUCUGGUAUCUUCUAUUAAGGACUUUCCUGUAGAUACUUUAGUUGUAGGCUUUACAGAAGAGUCUAAACUUUAGUCUCUUAAUGAUAAUUGUGCAACAAAUCUCAAUCGUUUAUUUUCAGGGAUACACAACAAAUUCUUAUAACAAUAAAAAUCAAAGUUUUGCCAAAAAUAUAAGAGUUUUAUGAAGGAACAGAUAUUUGACAUUAUUGAUAUGCUAGAAAUCAUCUUUGUUUUUGACCUGAAUCUACCGGUAUUAUAAUAAGCAUUAGAUUCUCACAGAAGAUAUACUGUGUAUGUAAUAUAAGGAACAAAAAGUUAAAAGUUAUUUCCACAUUGAAAAGCAACAAAGCUAAAAGACAACAUUUCAGCAGUAUAGUCUUCAUCAUGUUUACAACUGGAAUAUUGUGGUCUUUUACCUUCUUUCCCUUUCAUCAUGGUUUUACAUUUUUAUACUUGGCAGAUGUAUGCUGUUGUAGUCUUUCAUUAUCUCUAUAUGUAAUGUAUUUGUGUUCCAUGUAUUUUUAAAUAUAUAUACAGAAGUUUUCAGGCCAACAUUCAAAAUAGGUCAUCAGACAGCAUCACACGGAAUAUAAUAUUCAGUACAUAGUAGCCACUAGCAGUUUUAAUUAUGCUACUGUCAUCUGACCUUUGCAGAAGUUGAAUUGUGAAUGGUGUACAAAUGCAACUUCCAACAAAAUAUUUAAUAGUUAUAUGUCAAGAUACAUUAUGGUGGUUUCGCAAGAAUCAACCAUCUUCGUUUUGAUGUGCCAUCAAAAUAUUUUUGAUGCAAGAUGCUAGGAACUUAAUUUUAACAUAGGAGCACAUUGUGUACAUCAGUAGGAUUAAUCCACUAUGUCAUCAAAGCAAAUGCUGUACAGACCUGAAUUUUCAUAUGCUGAAUGUAUGCACAUUGUCAUUUAAUGGCUUAAAUAAGCCUACCCUUGAAAGCAUGCAGGCACGCCCACCAAUAUGUUUACAUGAUUCUGAAAGCCUCUUUUCUCUUUUUUAUUUUGCCAUUUUAGUUUUUCUUACUUUAGUUUAUUAAUAUAUUGUGUUGAUACAAUUUGCUAAUGAGCUUUCAUAAAAAAAAUUAUAAGCCAUUACCUUUCUUAACACUAGAAUCCCUGAAGUUUACAUUUUUUUUCGUUGUCCCUGACCUCCUUAAAUUUUCCUGACAAACGCCAAAAACCUCAUAGCUCCUUAUCACUGCGCUAAUAGCUUGCUUUUGUUUUGUAAAUGUGUAAAUGCUACACCCAUCCCCCACCCCCGUUCAGUCAGAUGAAGGCAUCACCAGGCUGCAAGCCUCACAGUUCAAGUCUGUUUUGAAGUGUUUAUCUGGUGAUGCGUUUAUAAGGAAUUACAUAGGUAAUGAAAUACAGUGAUUUGAAGUAUGUACAUUUCAUGUGUGUUCCUUGUCUACAACGAUCUGUGUAAACAUAAAAUGACAGAGGAAAUACGAAGCAAGAAAUGCUGAACACACAGCUAAAACAGAAAAUGUUUUCAUAUGUUAUGUGAAGUGUAGAAUGUGUGGAGACUGAACCCCAAAUAUCCAAUAAAUACUUUCACAAAAGGUGUAACAGAACAAAUAUGCUUUUACUCAAGAAUAAAACUGAAGAUAAACAAAUUGAUCAAUUGACAUGUUGCUGAAGCACAGCUAUCUGUUGGUACAAAGUAAAGGACGUUCACAUAUGUGUGUUUGCACUUUUCAUUUUCCACCAGUUGUCACAGUAGUAAUGCUAUUCUGUCACAGAUGGCACAGUGUAAAAUCUACCACUUAUUAACCACAAGGUAAUAGGUUUGAAUCUUGCAUUGUCCUUGCAUUUAGCGCUUUGAGAAGUAAGCUGUUAUUAUUAUCACAUAAUAAAAACAUACAUUUGAUGUGGGUCUGUAACAUCCUGCUUAAAUUUAUGGUUCUUGUAAAAGUUAGCACUGAAGGGUAUAAAAGUAGACAUACAAACGCAGCUCAAUCUUUUCUUCUUGGUGUCUUGUUGAGCAAACAAACACCACAAUGUCUAUGGUGAAUGUUACUUUUCCUCGCACACAGACAUUCACAUUAACAUGUCAUUUGAACAAUUUUUUAUUCAGUUUUAUUCAAGAAUCCAAAAAUAAAAUUGAAUUAAAAAAAUGAGAAAAUGUUGAUUUGAAGUAUGUAAUGUGUGAAGCAAAAAAGAAAAAUUCCACAUAAGAUAGUCUUAACAGCCUGUGUAAAGUUAUGGUACUUGUAAAAGUUAGCAUUUUCUUUUCAUCUUCACGCUCCCUUGAUCUGACACUGUUAGUUUUCAG